GGGGGGCUUCCCCUGUAAUUUUGUAAUUUUAAUUAUUCAAUUAUUGCAUGUCGACUUAAUAUUUGCACACUGAUAAAUCGGUAAAACAUGCAUGUUCACACUAUAUUAUAAGACCUAAAAAUCUACCAUGUUUUAUGCAAAUAAAUAUUUUAUUAUUAUUAUUAUUAUUACUUGUACUGUUUGUAUCUGGCUGGUUUUAAUAUCAAUACAUUUAGGAUAUUAAGAAAAAGAAAAAUAAGAAGUAAAAAAAACUUUCCCGCCAUUUGUUUUUCUGUCCGCCAAAAUGAGUGAAUCUCGAAGAAAUUCGAUAUAUUCUGAAGUUUUUUACAAAAAAGGAAAAAAUGCGCCUCAAGCCGCGAAAAAAAUUUUUGACGUUUAUGGACCUAAUGCAAUGUCAGUAAGAGUAGUAAAAGUAGUAACGUUUUCAGUCCGGGAAUUAAGUUAUCAAAAAUGGUAUCGACUUUAUCCGUAUGAGGGCGACCAGAGCGAGCUGCCUCUGGUCGCACUCAUACCUAUAAAGUCGAUACCAUUUUUGAAAAAGUGGAGCAAGAUCGGCAUAUUAGUAGUUACGACAUAGCCAAGGAAUAGAAGAUUGACCACAAAACAAUUUUGACCCAUUUGAAAAAGUUUAGCUAGACAAAAAAGCUCAAUAUUGAUAUCAUACGAUCUCACUGAAAGAAACCUAAUGAAUCGUGUAGUCAUUUGCGAUUCUAUAUUGAAACGUAAUGAAAUUGAACCAUUUUUGAUAAUAUUGAUCACUGGUGAUGACCGUGCGAAAAGAUCAUGGUCAAAGCAUAGUCAAGCUCCACAAACUGUAGCGAAACCCGGAUUAACACGCAAUAAGGUGAUGCUGUGUGUAUGGUGGGAUUGCAAGGGCAUCGUUAAAUAUAAGCUUUUACCACCGAGCAAAACCAUCGAUUCGAAUUUCUACUGCCGACAACUAAUGAGACUCAAGCAAGAAAUUGACAAAAAACGGCCGGAAUUGAUCAACAGAAAAGUGAGUGGUCUUUCAUCGUGAUAACGUCAGACCAUACACAUCUUUGGCCACUUAGCGAAAAUUAAGAGCUUGGUUGGGAAGUGUUAAUGCAUCCACCUUAUAGUACUAACCUUGCACGCUCAGAUAUUCACCUGUUUCGGUCUCUUCAGAAUUAUUUCGGUAGUGUUGCGUUAACAUCAAGAGAGGACUGUCAAAACUACUUGUCGUAUUUUUUUGAUCAAAAAUACCAAGAUUUCUACAGCAACGGGAUUAUGUCACUACCUACAAAAUGGCAACAAGUUAUCUAAUAAAAUGGCACAUAUGUAUAUAUUGUAAUUAAAUAUUAUUAAACUUUGAAAAAAAAAAAGAAAAGAAAGAAGCUUUUUCCCCGACUUUAUAUUUAUGAAGUUAGGAUAUUAAUGUUUUUGAUUGGUGACUGGUGACGUUUUUGACAUCAUUUUUACCUUUAUACGCCCCACUUUUAGGAACAGACCCCGAUUUAAUUUCUGAAAGGGUACGGCAGAAGUCAGUCAUAUACCAGCGUAAAAUAAAUAAAUAGCGUGCGCUGCGUGAAACUUAAUAAAUAGCAGCUUAAUGCUGCUGUAUAUCGUAUGGUGAGUGUAGAGAACCGGGGAACCUUUUUACUGGAAAUGAGACAUUUCAUCUCAGUCCUUAAGGUUAACAACACACCUACAUUUUGAUUCUUAAUUGAGGAUAAAAAUGUAGAUGUUUAUGGGCAUACAGCAUCCACUUACUAUCAAUGGACUGUGUGCUCGUUUGUCACCCUAUUCUAUAAAAAAAAUCUGCCGCUUUGUUGCAUACACGUUGUUUACAUGUCCUCGAAAUAUUUGAGACACAUGCAGGUUUCGUAAUCAUUUUUUGAUGUUGUAAAUCAGCACUUACUUAGAUUUCGUAUAGUGUUUUGUAUUAGUUAGGUAAAAAAUAAAGUUUAGAAAAGUUGCAGCCUAUUUGCGGCCCACUGCUGGGCACAGGCCUCCUCUUAUUUCUGAGAGGGUUUUAGGGCAAGGAUAGGUCCGCCGCGCUGCCCCAAUGCGUGUUAGCGAACUUCACAUGUCUUCGAAAUAUUUUUUUUCUUAUUUCUCAGACAUGCAGGUUUCCUCACGAUGUUUUCCUUCACCGCCGAGCAUGUGGUAAAUCAGCACUUAAAAUUGCAAUUAACAAUUUCAUUGGUGCCGGCGGGGAUCGAACCCGGGUUGCUCGAGUACUGUGAAGCUUACACCGAGCGCUAACUAUCUGAGCUACCACGGCUUAUUUAGUUAGGUAUUUUAUUUAAAUUAUAACUUACUUAAAGUUAAAAAGUAAACGCAGUUUAGUUUGUAUAAUUUUUAUAAUAUAAAAACUGAGUAUAUAAAAAGUUAAUAACACAAAAACUAAUAAAUAUAGAAUAAGUUCUAAUAAUAUAUUUUUAUUACAGCUUAAGCCCGCGAGUAAUGAACCCGACGGGAAUGCCAUCGGGAAGUCAUUCGCCGUAUGAUGAUGAAACCUCUCCAGACAGACAAAGUAAUCCCACAACUCCAAUCUCACCAUCACCCGAUUCUCAUUCCAGUGUGGAUAUCUCGGAGACAACAUUUCAGAUCAGAUCCCCAUUGAGGCGUCCAGAAACAGAGAGAGGGGCACCGGACGGACAGGAAAGGUUUACCCCACCACAAUUAGCCCACAUCCAUAACACAAGCCAUGAUGGCGUAAGAGUGGCGUCUUGGAUUUCUAAUCCACCAUCACAGACAUAUGAAGUUAGAUUUACUGAAGAAGCUCUUGAUAGACUUAAUGAUCUGAUUGGAGAAAGAGCUCAAUCUUUUAAAAGUAACAUAGAAAGUCUGCUAUCUGAAGAUCCAAGAUCUGUGUACGUCAGAAGUAGAUACCCUGACCACGAGUACAGUUGUGUGCUGGAAGAUCUAUCUAUUAGUUGUGUGUUUGAUUCUGCGACCUCUAUGUGCACAAUCAUAGCUGUGAGGAAUGCGGAUGAGUUACAGCAGUCAUAGUAUCUCUACAGUGCGUGAUAUACUUCGUGCUUGAAGUGUUGCUUUAAUUAUUUAUUUUUGCAAGUGCGAUUAAAUAUUGUGAAUAG